GCACACGUUAAUUCAUAACAAGCUAGGGAUUGACGAGGACUCUAAGGGGUGGGAUCGAGGAGAGGUGCUGUGCUGGUACAGCAAGGUUAACUGAUAAAGAAUAUAUCAAUUGGCUGCACUAACUAGUUAGUUAGCUAAACUCACAUUAACCAUUUGGUAACGAGGUAGGAAUUGCCAACUCCGCGCUUAACUGCUCAUCAUUUCUUUCCCCAGGUUAACAAGCUCUGCUAGCGCCAUGGCCGAACUUUCAGAUGAUGAGAAACUAGUUCAGAGGCUUUCCCAUCGUCCAUCUCACUUGGUAGGCGGAAUGAUACCAAUUACAGAACCGGUGAAGCCAUCUCAAGCCAACCGCCGCUCUGAGAUCUCGUCUACCGGGAUGCUAGACCGUCUACCGCUCGAAGUACUCCAUCAGAUGUUGAACACGUUGGAUUUCCAGUCCCUGUGUCGUUUGUCACGCGUGUCACGGCGAGGCAGAAGCAUCGUCGAGUCGUUGCCUACAUACAGAGCGUUGAUGGAAUAUAUUUCAGAUGCGUUGAAAGCACUUGGUGAAACCCGGCUUAUUCAACUCCACUCUGCAGAUAAACUCCGCGCCGUGCUACAGUCUGAAGCCUGUGUUUCAUGCAGAGAAUAUGGCCCCUUUCUAUUUCUCCCCACAUGCGAGCGAUGUUGCUAUACUUGUCUUCGUUAUAACCAGUCACUGUGGGUGAUGCCUCUUUCUCUAGCUAAGCAGUCCUUCGGCCUGACUCUGCGCGACCUCAAGAAGCUCCCCUUAGUAAAGACGGUGCCUGGAAUGUAUGACCUGGCCAGAGGGUGGUCACAUCGAGGAAGCCAGACUCUAGUCAGUGUGAGGCAUGCAAAGGAAUACGCAAUGAAGAUUAAUAACGGCUCACUGCCAGACGUAGAUACGACCAUCACUCCUGAAAUGUCUGACAGAAUGAUAAGGAAAAUGAUUGCUUUGAGAUGGUUCAGGGAAGCUCCCUUGGAACCGCUGCCUGACAACCCAUCAAGGAUACCAACACGUGGAGGCAUGCCGGAUAACGAUUGCAAUGGCAUGGCAUCCCUCCCGUUUCCAUCUCUACGACGCAAUAAGACGCUUGAACAUGGCUUCUGGUGCCGGGGAUGUGACUGGAUGGCCGAAAAAUAUCACCGCAGUCGUCUCCCUGACCAUAUUAUUGACAAAUUCGUUCCUUCGGAUAGUUGCACCCCUUCAACGUCUUCACAGGCAUGAGCCGGCAUGCUGGAUCACAGAGCGAGUUUUUACUCCAUAUUAAGCAGUGUUACGGUGCGGAUAAAGUAGACGCUCAAGAUUGAGAGUAGUUACAAGUUCCAUUGGCCUUUCUUGCGAAUGAGAGCAACAUGUAUACCCUCUGUUCAAUAUCUUGUCUUGAUAUACAUGGCGAGCGCACUACAAUAUGAUGUAUCUACUAUUAUUAUACCAUAUUCUAGACCAACAUAGAGCUGAUUUGGAUUUACAGCAGAUUGGCCCUUCUUUAUAUCCUCUUUCUCGGGGC